AUGGCGCACUCACGCUUUACCGAUGAUAUUUGGUGUACACCAGCACCCGGUGCUUCGAAGAUUCCCGUACGUACAGUUGACGAACUACGUGACCAUAUAUUUGUUUCGAGCCAAGACAACGAAUUCAAACAAUGUUUACUUACAGCCGAAGAAAUGAAUUCGAAAGAGUUAUAUGAAAAGUAUCCUCCCAACUUUCGAGAUAAAAACAAACAAUUCAUUUUCAAAUAUAUCAACGAACAACGAAGAUAUUCUCCAUCCUCUGAUCGGUCUAUAUUAGUAACACGAUGGAGACCAUUUAUUCCUGAAGUUCUACCAGAUAAUAUAACCACAACUUCAACAAAAAUUACUUUUACACCAGAUGUAUUUCAAUAUGGAACAUGUGGUGAUGACCGUACUGUUGAAUGGUAUUUAAAUUUUGCCAAUCAUGAUCUAUUUGCUUAUUACAGUGGCCCAUUAUUAGCUCAAGAUGAAUUACAAGUAUUAGAAUGCGUAGAAUUAGCAGCACUAAGAGAAUAUUUUGUUCAAACAAUCAAUACAGUUGGAUCAUCAACUGUUGGCUCAGAUAAAACUACACAUAAAACUGUACCAACACCGAUUCUGAUCAGUAACACCGAACGAGUGAUUGAAAUUGACACCAAGAAAGUCUAUGGCAAUGCUUUUGCCAAAGCUUCUGAAAGGCAGCUUGUCCAAGCAUGUCACUAUCUUGAUAAACCUCAAAAGGUAAAUCUGAUCGCUAUCGAAGCACCCAGUUCUGGUCAAGGUGUGUACACUCGUGAUCAAAUAGAUUAUAUUCUUGUCACAUGCUACGUUGGUUUUAAAGCAGCAGAACUUCUAGCGCAUAAAACUCACGCAUUGAACAUUUCCAAUAAACAAAUAUCUAGCCGAACUGCAAGUAGAAAGUUUCGAACAAUUAUUCAUACGGGAUGGUGGGGCUGCGGUGCAUAUGGCAAUAAUCGACAAAUGAUGGUCUUGACUCAAAUGCUUGCAGCUUAUUGGACUGGAAUCGAUGAAUUAGUUUUUCAUACUCAGACACGCGAACAUGAGAAUGAUAUUCGAGCGGCGAAACAAUUUGUUGAUUCAGUUUUGAAAGAGAGAAAGCUCGAUAAUGUCAUCGAUAAAAUCUUUCAACUUAAUUUAAAAUGGGACCGAUCCAAUAAUACAUAA